AACGUGGCCGUAUCAUCGUCCAGUUCGUCUGAUUCUACUUCUAGCUCAACAUCGACAUCGACUACUCAUAAUUCGGUUAGAAAUUCCAAUUUAAUGGAUGCCAGCCAAGAAGUAGCGCUACCUGCCGAGACUACUGUACCCAAGAAAGGAAAAAAGAGAGUGCGGAAUGAAUCUGCGUGGAUAAAGUACGAAAAUGUACGAAAACGACACCGUAACUCUGGAAAACAAUACAUAUCUAGAACUGGCAAAACUGUCGCAGAAAAGUCUUUUAAAUUACCAUGUACAAAAAAAUGUAGACUCAAAUGUCGUAAUAAAAUAACGGAAGGACAAAGACAGGAAAUAUUUGAUUGUUAUUGGGGCUUGGGAACGCUGCAAAGGCAGCGUGAUUUUUUAAACUCCUCUUUAACAACAUUAAAAGUCCCUUACCAUCGAGAUAAAGAAGGAGCUGCCAAAACUAGGAAACAAAAUUGUGUUUUUCAUUUCACGGUGAAUGGCGAAAGUAACCGAGUGUGUAAAUUUUUUUUAAUCAAUACUUUGGGGAUAUCUGAGAGAACAUUGCGAACUGUUAUUGAAGGUAGAAAUAGCUGUAUAACAGGUGUGAUCCCAGAAGAUAAACGUGGCAAACAUGGGCAUCAUAAUCAAACAAACCCGGAAAUCUUAUAAUCGGUUCGCGAUCACAUUAAUUCUGUACCUAGAAUUGAGAUUCACUAUACUCGAGCUAACACUACUCGUGAAUUUAUUGAUGGCGGUCUUACUGUUAAAGAGUUGCAUCGUAAUUAUGUAUCUAUUAGAGGAACAAUGCCAUCAUCAACAU